GCUUCAGCUGAUGUUUGUAAACAAGAUGGAGACAUCUGUGCGGACGGUCAUUUGAUAUUUCUUCUGAUUUUGUGCGAACAACUAGCCAGUCGUAUGCCAAAAUUGGAUCUCAUUUGCCUGCGACAUGGCAGCGGAGUCUCACAGGCGAGGUGUCAAGCCAUCUGGCCUGGUGGUGCGACCACAGGCCGUGAUCAAUGACAAGUCCUACAUGGGCAGUGUUGUUGAUCUGAUCAAUGAAGUCAUUCCUCAAGCCUACACCCAAACCUCAAAAGCAGAAGAAAAAGAAACAAUUCAGUGGGUACGGUUUGCGUACACAGAAGUGAAUGAUGGCAGCAGAGAUUACAAUGGAACAGUACCCCCGCUGUUACUUGUCGUUGGUUAUGUAAAUGGAGUCCAAGUUUGGUCUGUGUCGGCAAAUGGUGAAGCACAAGAAGUUUUGUCUUGGAGACAAGGGCCUGUGAGGGCACUGAACAUUCUGCCAGCACCAGACAGCAGUUGUGGCAAUGACCCGUUUGCAUCAAAGAGGCCACUCGUGGCUCUUUGCGACAGCUCGAGUCCUGCGCAGCAGUUUUGUUCUGUUAGCAUCGUUUCCCUGAAGACCAUGGACCAGGUUCACAGCAUCAGGUUCAAAGAACCCAUCAAUGAGAUUCGAGCCAAUAAGAGAGUCCUGGUCGUGACCUUCCAAGACAAAAUUUUUGUGUACAAUGCUUGCACCUUUAAAGAACGCUUUUGUAUUACUGGUUGCUUUCCUGUGUCGGGGCCAAAUGUCAACCCAAUUGCUCUACAUACUCGAUGGCUAGCUUUUGCGGAUAAAGCGCUUUUUCCAGUGCACCAGACGAGAGGCGGGGUCGCUGGCGAAGGCACGCAGUCAUACACAGCAACAGUCAUACAUGCUGCAAAGACGCUUGGCAAAGGGCUGUCCCUGUUUGGUGAAACUGUGGCCUCGAGCUUGACGGGCCACAAAGUGCCGUCGACGACCACCAGCUCCAAGAAGGACUGCCACCGGUUGGGAGGUGCUCUGAGUGGUGGCCUGGGUGGCGUAACUGGUGCUUCGACCGCCAUGUGUUGUCCUGGUGUGGUGUCAGUUGUGGACGUGCUGGGUGUGGCAAACGGCUCGUUCAGCACGGAAGAGGACACCGACACUGAGGGCUUGGUGGCACACUUCCAGGCGCACUACGGGGAGCCGCUGUCGGCGCUCCACUUUGACCCAAGCGGCGUGCUCCUGUUCACGGCUGACCGGCUGGGUCACAACUUCCACCUGUUUCACCUCAUGCCUCACCCAGGUGGUCCCACCUUCGGCAGUGUCCAGCACCUGUACACCCUCCACCGGGGUGACACCACCGCUAAGAUACAAGAUGUGGCGUUCUCAUUGGACAGUCGGUGGGUCGCAGUGAGCACCCUCAGGGGCACCACUCAUAUAUUCCCCAUUACCCCCUAUGGAGGCCCCAUCACCAGGAGAACCCACACCUCCCCCCGAGUUGUGAACCGGCUGAGCAGGUUUCACAAGAGCGCGGGCCUGGAAGAAAUCCAGUCCGCCCCUUCCACCGGCCGCAACAGCCCUGUGCUCUCGGGAAGCCCCAGCUCUUCAACCGACGCAGCAGCUUAUCUGUUUUGGUGCUCGUCGAGCAGCAGCCUGGAGAAGUACGCCUCAGGCAGCCUCCGGCGUUUGGGUCCGCAACCAACGCUGGUCUCCCCUCUGGCCCAAAUCAAACAGGGGGCCGCCUUUUCUGUCGCUGGCAUCGGCGCCCCUCAGAAUAGCCCCCCCAGGGGGCGCCGUCCCUCGGGGCCCGCCACCAAGGAGGCCUUUAGCAUAGCAGCCGCCUUCGCCCCACCCCGGGCCUGGCUGGUAGGAAGCCCCAGCACGUCUCGCGACAAGAAGGAAAAGAAUCCUGUCGACUCCCUUUUCAUCAUGACGUGUAAUGGGGCUCUGACUGAGUACAUUAUCGACCCCCGACCGUGCUCUUCCGUGAACAAGGUCACUGAAGACUCACCCAUUGAGCUCGACGUGACUGCUUAUGCCCAGUGGAACCUGCUCAGGCCACCCAUGAGCCACGAUACAAAACAGCCGCUCAGCAGCAACAACCCCCUCAUGAUGGGACAAGUGGCCACCAACGCAUCCACUGGGAAGCAGUCCUUCAAAGAUAUCAAUGGAAUGAGCCACAUGGAAGGUUCCGGACUGAGUCAAAAGGAGAACGAUGACAGCUGGCUUUCACAGGUUGAGAUCAUCACACAUGUGGGCCCGCAUCGGAGGCUAUGGAUGGGUCCUCAGUUUUCGUUCAAGACUCUUCAAACCCCCGCAAGCACCCCCCUGUCGUCGCAGCAUUCGCAGGGUUCCGAGAAGUACACACCCCUGUCCCCCGAUUCCUUUGGUGAAGACUCCGACGUGCAGAGCCCAGGAUUUUCUGGCCCCAUGUCGGUUCCCGUAGCUGUGCCAGCCAUGAGUCAUUACCUCUCCGACAGCGCUUUUCCUCCGCUCCUGAUUGAGGCUACGUCUGGUAGUUUCGAAGGACCGCCAAGCCUUCUGGAAGUGUGCGGCCACUGGUCCGACAGCUCAGGCGCCUCUUCUCACGCCAACGGGCAGGAGCAGCUCAUGGAAAGGAUCGCCGACGCCAUGAACGAGUCGCCGUACAAGGAGCGGCAAGCAGCGCGUACUUCUAGUGGCAGUGAAUUGGCGUGCUUCGAAGACGUUGGCUCUCGGUGCAACUCGGACGUGUCCCUCUACCACUCGCCCAGCCAAAGCACAGAGCACUUACUGGUCUUUUCCUCUACCCAGCAAGACUCUAUGUGACUCUCACUCUUGGACGCUCAAUCGGGCCUGUGGACCAGAAGUCAUGAAUUUUUAGAUCACAGAACCUGGGCUGCUACAGCACACUCCAGUUCAAUGUUAUUGUGUUUGUUCUUGUGAAAAAAAAAGCACUAUUUACCAUUGUCGUGUACAAAAACAAAAAAGGAUAAUUUUGAACCUCCGAGACGAGAUUUUCAAAUGACGUGUUUAUGUCGCAUGUGCCGAUAUUGCUUUUGUACUCAGAGCGAGACGAAAAAAAAGCGUAAAAAAAUGCUUUUUAAGUUGUUUUCUGCUAGACAUGGUGAAUCUGUCAUGUAGCAGAUAUAAAAGGCUGUGUAGUAUAUAUAGUUUAGCACUUAUAUAUAUAAUAUGCAUUUCAUCAAGGAAGCGCAAUAAAAAUUUAUCGAUGCUCUG